CUUGCACUCUUAUUCUGAAGGAAAUCAGCCGGAAGUUGUCUCGCUUCCUCCGGAAGUUAGCUUGUACGUCGCGGCUGUGUUCGUGCUAGGAAGCUAACUCCUUUCCUUUCUCUCCGAUGGCGAACAGAACCGUGAAGGAUGCGAACAGCAUCCACGGGACGAACCCCCAGUAUCUGGUGGAGAAGAUCAUCCGAACCCGAAUCUACGAGUCCAAAUACUGGAAGGAGGAAUGUUUCGGUCUCACGGCCGAGCUGGUUGUUGACAAAGCCAUGGAGCUGAAGUUCGUAGGAGGAGUUUAUGGCGGAAACAUCAAGCCCACCCCCUUCCUUUGCCUCGCGCUGAAGAUGCUGCAGAUUCAGCCAGAGAAAGACAUCAUCGUCGAGUUCAUUAAAAAUGAGGAUUUCAAAUAUGUCCGUCUGCUUGGAGCGAUGUACAUGAGGUUGACGGGCACCGCAGCGGAUUGUUACAAAUACCUGGAGCCUCUGUACAAUGACUACAGAAAGAUCAAGAGUCAGAACCGAAACGGAGAGUUCGAGUUGAUGCACGUUGACGAGUUUAUCGACGAGCUUCUUCACGCAGAGAGAAUGUGUGACAUCAUUUUGCCCCGGCUUCAGAGGAGACAAGUCCUCGAGGAGGCCGAGAUGUUGGACCCACGCAUCAGCGCCCUGGAGGAAGAUCUGGAUGAAGUGGAGACCAGUGAUGAAGAAGAAGAGGAAGAAGAGAAGGUGAUAAGA